AUGAGAGGGCUAUCACCCCCUCUAUAUUAUCUUUCUUUUCUUUCUUUCUUUCUUUCUUUCUUUCUUUCUUUCUUUCUUUCUUUCUUUUUUCUUUACCAUUGGGGCUGUCACCUCCUCUAUAUUAUCUUUCUUUCUUUCUUUCUUUCUUUCUUUCUUUUUUUUAAACAUUUUUUCAUUCUCUGGGCUAUCACCUCCUCUAUAUCUUUCUUUCUUUCUUUCUUUCUUUCUUUCUUUCUUUCUUUCUUUCUUUCUUUCUUUUUUUACACUCUAUUCUUUUUUUCUUUAUUUCUUUCUCUCUUUUCUUUCUUUCUUUCUUUCUUUCUUUCUUUACACAUUGAGUGGGCUAUCACCCCUUAUCUUUUUUCUUUUCUUUCUUUCUUUCUUUUCUUUCUUUCUUUCUUUCUUUUUUCUUUCUUUACACACAUAUUGCCUCCUCUAUAUUAUCUUUUCUUUCUUUCUUUCUUUCUUUCUUUCUUUCUUUCUUUCACUUAUUAUCUUUCUUUCUUUCUUUCUUUCUUUCUUUCUUUCUUUCUUCAUCUGAGAAAGAAUUUUUUUCUGUUGCUUCCUUUAUUUUCUAUUCUUUCAUUCUACUUCGUUUUUCUUUCUUUUCUCCAUUUCUACUUCUUUCUUUCUUUCUUUUUUCUUCUUUGUCUUUCUUUCCUUCUACUUUUUCUUUCUUUCUUCUGUUUAUUUUGUUCUUUCUUUCUUUUCUCAUCUUUUUCUUUCUUUUCUGAUUCUUUUACUUUUGUUUUCUCUAUUUUCAGUUCUUUUUUCUUUUCUACCUUCCUUUCCCCUAGUUUUAGAGAAAGAACUAGUUCUUUCUUUCUUUCUUUCUUUCUUUCUUUCUUCUUCAUGUAUUCUUUUUUGCCUGAUUUCUUCAUUCUUCAUAUUUUUUUCCUUGGUAACUUCGCGCCUUCUUUUCAGCCAUUUUUUCUUCCUUUCGACAUAAUCUUAUCAGGCGUUUUUUUUUUUUUACUUUGUUUUCAAUAG